AUGAAGUUCCAAGCCGUUCUUUUCGUCAGCUUCCUUCCCUCAGUACUGGGAUGGUGGAACUGCAGACUUCCUAAGGGAGGUGACCUCGGUACAUGCCUUUGGGAUGGCGACCUGAAGACGGAAUUGACUUGUGGCCAGGACCACCCGUGCAAGACACUUGGCAACGGAUGUAUUCCUAUCGGUUCGGGAAUUGCGAACUGCUCGUAG